GUCGCACACCCUUGUCUCGUUUUCAGCUCUACUUGUUGAGCCAAUUUAUCUCCGCUGAUAGUGGCAGAACAACAUCCAACGUUCAUAAUCCCAUCAGCGCAACACAGCUGGCAGGAACGAAAAUUGCUUGAUCAUUGUCUAGAAAUGGCACGGCGAUGCCGAAAGCUCACCUGUAUCACAUGAAAAUGUAGCAAUCUUCGACCAAAGAAUGCGCGUCCCCCUACAAGCAACUGGCCGAGCUUGGAAAGAAAAGGUGUUAUAAAUCGACAAUUCCCUUCGUUGUCUUGAACCGAUCAACUCAACCUCGCAUCAACAUGUCUUCUCAACACUCGAAGUCAUCAUCGUUCUCAGGUACUGAGAAAGAGUUUUCUCACUUCUCUACCAUUGAGCUAAACAGUGAUGAAUCCCACCGCUCUUGCGACAGUUCGGACCUGGAAGAUGGUCCUUCAAACCCACAUGAUAUUCCAAAUGGCGGACUCGUUGCUUGGCUGCAAGUUUUGGGGGCCUUCUUUCUCUGGUUUAACACAUGGGGUCUUGUCAACGCCUAUGGUUCAUUCGGCACAUACUAUGAACUCGGUCCUCUGCACGAAUACCCAGCAUCAACCAUCGCCUGGAUUGGCUCCAUCCAGGCCUACCUCAUGCUCUUCACCGGCGCCUUGACCGGUCCGCUUUUCGACGCAGGACACUUUCGCCUCUUACUUAUCGUUGGAUCCUCGCUCAUUGUUCUCGGUAUGGCAACGACCAGUGUAUCUACCAAGCUUUGGCAGAUCAUGCUUUCGCAAGCUUUUGCUAUCGGUAUAGGACAAGGAUGCCUGUUCUCCCCUUCGCUUGCUGUCUUGUCCACGUACUUCUCAGAUAAGAGGUUUUUCAUUGCUAUGGGUCUUGCUGCAGCUGGCAGUGGAUUGGGCGGCACCAUCUAUCCUAUCGUCUUCCACACACUUGAGCCAAAACUAGGUUUCGCCGCCACCACUCGAGUGAUCGCCUACAUAGCAGCAGGUACACUCCUUAUCUCCAACAUGGUGAUCCGCGUACGCACUCUUCCCACCCAACGCCGUCAGAUAUUUGACAUGGCAGCAUGGAAAGAACCAGCCUUCACCGUCUACGUGAUUGGUUCUAUGAUCGCUUUCCUAGGAACAUGGACGCCAUUUGUGUACAUCGAAGUCUACGCACUCGAAUACGAGAUCACCUCAAAGCAGUUUGCGUUCUAUCUACUUCCCAUCAUCACUGCUGGAUCUAUUUUCGGCAGAGUGGGACCCAACCUCAUUGCUGCCAGAAUCGGGCUGUUCAACGUAGUCAUUCCCUGCGUAACAAUCACCGGCAUUCUUGCAUUCUGUUUCAUCGUCGCAAAGACUCAGGAAUCGCUUAUCGCGGUCUCUUGUUUAUACGGAUUCUUCUCUGGCUCAAUCGUGUCCAUCAUUCCUGCUUUGGGUGUUUCCAUCUCACCGAGCAGAGCUGUAAUCGGAACGAGAAUUGGUAUGGCAUGUGCGACUAUCGGUCUUGGUCUGCUCGCUGGAACACCAGUUUCUGGUGCGAUUUUGAGUCAUCAUGGUUUCCCUGCGACUUGGGCAUUCUCUGGUACUGUGGCGCUUCUAGGCGCCUGUUUUUUGACAGCCGCUCGAGUGUUACACGGAGGCUGGAUCCUGAGGCGGAAAAUAUGA